AUGUCCACCGAUUGUUCCUCAGAAUACGACCAAUUAGAAUGCGAAUCUGUUGUAUCAACAGACGUUUGUAUGAGAACAGAUAAUCAAAUAGUUGAAAAACACGUCCCAAAUCUGGCAAAUUCAUAUAAUAAAAUGAAACACCCAGGAUUAACACCUUCAAUAACGGCUUAUCGAUGGAUUACAUCGCAACCAACUUUACCAAAAAGCAUAUUUAGUAAAAUCGAAUCUGAAACUAUAGCACAAUGGCUAAGUGUUAGUACAACAGAUGAUUGGUUAAUGCAUAUCCCGAAAUGUUCAAUAGGAAGAUAUGAUAAGAAUUCCUUUAAGAAUUGGAAAGCUGAUUAUCUGAAACAACCACACUCAUUUUAUCAAAACAGAUUUACUACAUUAUAUUCAACUAGUUACGAAGCCAAGCAGUUAGAUGAGCAAACUAAGAGUAGGCCUACAUCUGCUAAUCGCCGAAAUAAGCCACAGCCGUCAAGACUCUUCCUUACUUUUCAUUUACAUAAAUUGCCUAAAAACCAAGAAAAGGAUUCAUGA